UGCCCCGAAACGGAAAGGAAAGGAAACGGAAAGCAAAACGACUGCCUCCGUACUCGCUGGUGAUCUCCAACGAACCACACGACUCCGUGAUAUUUCCCUGCGUGCAUUUAUCGACAACCCGGCCGGCACCCCACCCAGAGCCGAUCCCCGGCCCAACUCCCGACCAACCGCGCGAUCAUGCCAUCGCGCAAGAGCGACGUCCGCCGGAGCGAUGUAUCUGCCGCGAGAUUCGUGCUCGCCGACGAGGACAGCACCAUGACGACAGAGUCACCCGCCCCGGCGGCGCCACCACCGCCCACCGAACCCUCUGCUUCAGGUUCGACAACCAACCCGCAACAGCCAUCCGCCGAUAAGAAGGAGAAGGAUAAGGAGAGGGAGAGAGAGCGGGAGCGGGAGCGGGAUGCGCUGACUAUCGAGGACCUCACGCUGCCUAAAUCCAUCAUCACGCGCCUGGCCAAGGGCGUCCUGCCACCCAAUACGCAGAUCCAGGCCAACGCUAUCCUGGCGCUGACCAAGAGCGCCACCGUGUUCAUCAACCACCUAGCGAAUGCUGCCAACGAAUUCACCGUCGCCUCCAACAAAAAGACCAUCAUGCCCGCCGACGUCUUCAAAGCCCUCGACGAGAUCGAGUACGGCUUCAUGCGCGAGAAGCUCGAGGCUGAGUUUGCGAAAUUUAACGAAGUCCAAACCACCAAGCGCUCCACCUACCGCAAGAAAGUCGCCGCCGCCAAGAAGGCCGCUGCCGCCGGCGGCAGCGGCCCAAGCCAAGACGACCCAGACGCCGCCACCGGCGGUGCUGCCGCCGGCUCAUCAUCAUCAUCAUCAGCAGCAGCAGCAGCAGCCGGAGGCGCCGAUGUAUCCAUGAUGAGCAUAGCCUCGACGAAUGCCGGCGACGGUACAGACGGGAGGGCGCAUCACCCGCCCUCGGCGCCGGGCCGUGCCGGUGCCGGGCAGGGGAGGGUGGCGAAGAAGGCGCGGCUGGAUCCUGCUUCUUCUGCCGGGUCGAGGAUGGAGGUGGAUGAGGAAGGGGAAGGGGAGGGGGAGGUGUCGGAUGCGGAGACUGUUCCUGAUGAGGAGGAAGAGGAGGAGAUGACGAGGCUGAGGAAAGAGAUGAGCUGGAGGAGCGGACGGCGAGGGAGGACGAGGACGAGGCGUUAGACGACGAUAGCGACUAGAGCGUUGGGGUGGGGACGGGACGCGUGCGUUGGUCUUGUGUUCAGCGCGAGCUGAGAGUGAAUGAGAUGUGCUUGUUGCACACGUAAAUAGAACAGGCAUCCAUCUGAGUCGCGUGAGCGCAUGU